UCGUUUUAUGACCGACCAAUCAUCCUUCUCCCUUCCCAGCUGUCAAACUUUGUUUUCGUUUCUAUUUUCUUUUUGGUUAAUUAAUUUUAAAAAAUAAAUAGUUAUAUUUAUGUAUUUUUCUAAUUCCCAAUGAAGAGUGUUGGCUGGUGAGUCAAGUUGGAUUGGUGAGAAAGGGAGUGGAAUGCAGUGAGAGAGACAGAAAGAGAGAGAGAGAGAGAGCGAUGGUGGUGAGGAAAGUGGGUAAGUAUGAGAUUGGGAGAACGAUUGGGGAGGGAACCUUUGCGAAGGUGAAGUUCGCUCAGAACACAGAAACUGGGGAGAGCGUGGCCAUGAAGGUACUUGACCGUAGCACCAUAAUCAAGCACAAGAUGGUCGACCAGAUCAAGAGGGAGAUUUCGAUUAUGAAGCUAGUGAGGCAUCCUUAUGUUGUUCGUCUGCACGAGGUUCUUGCAAGCCGCACGAAGAUUUAUAUCAUAUUGGAGUUCAUUACGGGUGGUGAAUUGUUUGAUAAAAUUAUACACCAUGGGCGUCUGAGUGAAGCUGAAUCUAGAAGAUAUUUCCAACAGCUUAUUGAUGGGGUAGAUUAUUGCCACAGUAAGGGAGUUUAUCACAGAGAUUUAAAGCCUGAAAAUCUUUUACUCGAUUCACUAGGAAAUAUGAAGAUUUCAGAUUUUGGUUUGAGCGCAUUGCCUGAACAGGGGGUGAGUAUCCUUCGGACAACAUGUGGUACUCCGAACUAUGUUGCUCCUGAGGUACUCAGUCACAAGGGUUACAAUGGUGCUGUGGCGGAUGUUUGGUCCUGUGGGGUUAUCCUGUAUGUCCUACUGGCUGGAUAUCUCCCAUUUGAUGAGCUUGAUCUAACAACCUUAUACAGUAAGAUAAAUAAAGCAGAGUUUUCAUGUCCUCCUUGGUUUCCCUUGGGAGCAAAAACACUGAUACAUAGAAUUUUGGACCCAAAUCCUGAUACUCGUAUAACCAUUGAGCAGAUAAGAAAUGACGAAUGGUUUCAGAGGGGUUACAAUCCUGUCAGUCUUCUUGAAUAUGAAGAUGUAAAUUUAGAUGAUGUGAAUGCCGUUUUUGAUGAUGCUGAGGAACCUGCUGAUCAGCAAUGUGAUAACGAGGACACAGGUCCUUUAAUGCUUAAUGCAUUUGACUUGAUAAUUCUAUCUCAAGGCUUAAACCUUGCAACAAUAUUUGAUCGGGGUCAGGACACUGUGAAAUACCAAACCCGCUUUAUCUCUCAAAAGCCAGCAAAGGUGGUUCUAUCAAGUAUGGAAGUUGUGGCACAAUCAAUGGGAUUUAAGACACAUAUUCGCAACUACAAGAUGAGGGUAGAGGGCAUUUCAGCAAAUAAAACAUCUUAUUUCUCAGUCAUCCUGGAAAUUUUUGAAGUGGCUCCUACGUUUUAUAUGGUGGACAUUCAGAAAGCAGCUGGAGAUACAGGUGAAUACCUCAAGAUACACUUGUUAAUGUUGCAGUUUUACAAGAACUUUUGUAGCAAUCUUGAGGAUAUAAUCUGGAAACCGCCUCAUGAAUCAAGCAAAUCAAGGACCUCCAAGACUAAAUGCAAAAGACGAUAGUUUCAUCACUCGUGAUGGUUUCUACUUUGAUGGAAAAAGAAAAAAGAUAACACACAAAAAGUAAUAUGGAACAAAACAUUUAAAGAAGGGUUGACAUAUAGACACAUAGGCCAUAUCAAGGUUUAUAUGGUUUGCGUAACCCCAACCUCCUACAUAUCUUCUUCAUACCCACCCUAGACCGUACCGGUCAUCAUUUCAUACAGGAGAGGAGACCAAAUUCGAUGAGUUAUAUAUAAAGGGAGUAUAUAAUCUUGUGUUUGGUGUAUGGAACUCUUAUUUUGUAUUUUAGUUCUAUCACUAGAAUUUAUCGUGCAUCCCUAAGAGUAGAGUUGGUUACAAUGUACGUUAUUUGUUAUCAGUUAUCGCUGCCACAACAUCAAAGGGUAUUUGUAUUUGUCACUUGGCUUCAUGUGAUUUGUAUAUUUGGGUGCAUAAUUGAAACAAGAGAAAGAAAGCAGAGAAAUGGGAUUGUACAAUGAAAUGUCAAGUGCUAACUGCUAAGCGUGUCCUGCCUCUUGCCCUCCCUGUCCCGCUGUUUCCAUUAUACCCUUACCUUGAAUUACGCUGCGUGGCAUCUGGCUUUUUCAAAAAAUUUAUAUUUUUAUAUAACAGUAAUUUAGUUACUUGUUUCUUC